AUGGCGGGCCCUAAUGCCUUCCGCACGGACCCUGCGAUCCAGAAGUACAAUGGUAGAGCUCACCCAUUCCCACCCGCCCCGACCCUCCCUCCGACCCCUCAAGGGCUUCGAAAGCGCCUCAGCAACAAACACAUGAAAAAUCGAUGGAAGUACUUCCGCUGGACACCACGCGUCGCACUCGUCGGCUUCAUGUACGGCGUCUUCGUGCCCAGCCUCUUCGCGACCGUGUUCUACAGGACUGAUGGCAAAUGGGAUAUGAGGGGCAAGCUGAGGGGGGACACGAUUUCCGAGUGGUGA